AUGAAAAAAGAAGGCGAUUCGCCGGCAAUUUUCAAUUUAAAAACAAUCGAAAUUGCUCAACUCAUCAUAAAUAUCGCAUACAUAAUCACAAUUUUGAUUGGUGUAAUUGGAAAUUUGUGGGUGUCAUGGAAAGUGGGAAUUGUUUUUUUGUUCGGCAAAAAAUCGCUUGUUCCAAGAAAUAUCAUAAUCCUCAUUUUAUUCAUUUGCGUCGCCGAUUUGCUGGUUUUGGCACAUUUGACACUUGUCGUUCAUUAUAGUAUUUAUCGACAAUGGAUUUUUGGCAAAAUUUUGUGCAAGGUUUGUUUUUUUACUUUUUCAUUUUUCAUGAGGUUGAGAUUAAUUUUCCAAAUCAAAAAGUGUUUUGCAGCUUUCAUAUUGUAUUGAAAUUGUCAACAAAUUAGUAAUCCCUUUGGCUCUUGUUCAAAUCUCUCGGGCUUCUUAUGAAUCUGUCAAAAUGACAUCUCACAAGCGGUCUACUGUAGUUUUUGAGAGGAAAAAUCAGACAAUUUGUCCGAAGACCACGUAUUUUAUCACAAUUUGUGCGGCGAUUGUUGUGAUUAUCUUAAUGGUAUGUUUCUAAGAAAAGGGGAGAAAGGGAGUUAAGAAAACAUUUUUCUUACAUCCAAGAUUUUUUGCAGGCUGUUGUGAUCAAUUUCUCAACUCUAUCGUGGAUAUCAACAAGAGAGAAUCAUCAAUCUUUGAUGUGCAAUUUCAGCCCACCGGAAUUACACGGCUUGUUUUUCAAUAUUUUUGCAUUUUCGUUCGGAUAUCUUCUAACUAGCAUCGCUUAUGUUUAUUUUUAUUUAAGAGUUCCGAUUUUGCUCAAAAAACGUUAUUCAUCAAUUAAAUCAAGCGCUGGUGAGUCAUCAGAGUUGUUUGCUAAAAUUGUGAAAAAUAUAUAAAUAAUUAAUAGGGACAAGCCGAUUGAAUUGGAUGUCAAUAAUGCGAAUUCGUCGAACUGUCACUGCAUUUGUAAUAGUUUAUUUGACUUGUUGGACUCCUUAUUGGAUUCUAUUUUGGUUUCCAUCUUUCAUGAGAAUCGAGAAAAAUUGGAUGGUUAUCAUUUAUAAAUUCACACAUUUACUCCCCUAUGUUUCUUGCACAGCAUAUCCUGUUAUUUUAACAGCUAUUAACAAAGGAAUCCGGAGUGCGCAUUCAAAUAUUAUGAAUAGUCAACGGAAAAAGUUUAAUACAAUUCGAGAGGGUGCUUAUCAGGUAAUUUAAAUAAUAUUUUUGAGAUUCCUAAUUUUAAAUAUCUUUUUACAGAUGAUAACUGCACAAAUUGGUUUUGUACAAACAUGGCUUCGUGAAGAUGGAGCUCGACCGUCGAUUGUUCGACCAAGAUGGAGUUCGAUUGGUGUUUCGAGAGAUAAUAGCAUCGAACAGACUGUAGUUAUAUGA